AUGAAUGUCUUGGAUAACGCAACCUCUCAAAAAGUCAGGAACCAGGAGGAUGCGAAACCACCAAGGACAAGGAUGCGAUUGUCGUUUGUAUGCCAAAACUGUAGAAGAAGGAAAAUCAAGUGCGACAAGUCUCAGCCUCAGUGCGGACGCUGCGCAAAGCUCCAUUUGAAGUGCGUGUACGAUUAUCAGGAUUCUGGAGUUUCUGGCAGUGACAAAAGUUCAGGAACACUGUCUACACAACUGUCAGAACUUGAGAUCAAGCUUCGACAAAUCAAAGAGGCUCUGCAAGCAGAACAAGCAUAUGACGUUGAUGAACGGAGUCCUAGCACACCAGACCGGCCUAUUCCCAUUCGAAUAAACUUUUACAAGGGCUUGGCUCAUGCUCCAUACGAUGACAGUUUUAAGCAAGAUCACAAGCCAUUUUCAGACAUGGCAUUGAUCGAAAGGCACGCCCGCUUGAAUCCGUUUCUGAAGUAUGUUACAAGGUCUUUUCAGCCCAUGAAAUUCGCCGUUCAAAAAAUAGUGCACUCAUUGGGUGGACAGAUGGAUGUGGGUUCUGACGAUAUCGAAUCAAUGGCUCACAUUCUAUUCUUGACACCUGAAAUUCGAACUAAGAUCAAGCAUCAAAAGAUGUCAACAAAGCACAUUCCGGAAGAAACUUCUACUGCCAUAAAGAAGUGUCUUAUGGAUCGCAACGCUGCACGCGAUGCCAGGCUGACUUAUGAACCCAUGGAAGUAGACUUCUUCUUCACAAGUUAUGGACUAGAAGCCAUAACCGAAAGCAUUCUCAAAAAUAUCCCUAAGAGAACUCAGAUGCUGAAACUGAUGGAGUACUUCAAACAAGUUGUUUAUCCCAUCGUGCCCUAUGUAGAUUGUGGGGUUUUGGAAAAGACGAUAUCGGACGCUAUCCUUUUUGCUGGAACGGGGCAAGCUGUCAGGCUUAAUUUAGGGAGCCCUCAAAACGUUUUCCAUUCUCUCGGCUGUCUCGCUAUUCUGCUAGUGGUCCUGCGCAUAUCUUACACUUCCAUGAUGCUAGUUGAGAAAAAGUUUGAGGUGGAAAUCACCAAUGAUGCGAUCUCAGUUGCACAGAGAUGCUUGGCAUUCUUAGUUGCCAAGUGUCAAGAAAGCAAUGAGGAACUCCUCUCAUGUCUUAUUCUCAUUCGGUGGGCAUUAGUUUUUUCGCCUAAAGAGGGAGAAAUCGUGGCACAUUCUAUGACAGAUACGGUACUGUCGCUUGUUGUGAAGCAUGCAUUGAAAAUCGGUCUUUAUAGAGACUGUAUCGGCGUAAGCGUUGACUCAAAUUUGAGCCGGGAAGCAAGACAUCGGUUACAGUUUAGAAGAAAGCUUUGGAUUGGAACUCUCGUUUUACUCAGAUCUGACUUUUGUAUUAGAGGUAGUUUUCCUCUUCUCUCAGGAGACUAUCUCCACAUGGUUGCCAAGGAGGACCCAGCAGAAUGUUACGAAAGCGAAGCAGAAGCGCGAAUUCAUAAAAUCCUGCAUUUGCAACACGAUCUCUUCCUAGCCAACAGCAGGCUAGAUGUGCUCGCAUUAUCAGUCAAAGAAGACAUAAAUCUCGAAAGGAUCUACGAGAGUUUGGCUGUCGUUGACAGUAGGCUGCGCUAUCAUAAAGCACAGGUAAUGGCAGUUAGCCCGUCUUUGAAAGGCACUUUCCAGGAAAGGGUUCUUCGAAGUAUGGAAAAUGCUCUGAACUUGAAAAGCAAUUUGAUAUUCAAGAUAUUUGGCCUCGCAGUCAGAGCUUCAAUUGUUUACGACUUAGAGCGACAGUCUAGAGAUUGCUGCGGAAGCUCAGACAUGCUGGUUAUGAAAUACAAAGAAGCCGCUAUGGACUGUUUCGAGACCGUUGUCGACCUCGGGGAACAUUUACGCGAUUACAUGGGGUCUUCUUAUUCCGAAGGGGAGAUGUUCAUACUUGAAGAUCAUCGCUACAUCUUAAACAAACUUGUUCAAAUCGGCAUUUUCCGAGUAUCGUAUUAUCUUCUGGGGAUGAUGCUGACUUUUUUGAAUGUCCGAAGCUUACUUGAACGCGGAGCGACACUGUCACAGGAGAAAAGCUCGGCCGUGGCGGACAUGGAGUCCAAAAUUCCGCUUCUCACUAAAAUCGUUAAAAGUAUUUUUGCCUACUUGCAAAAACUGAUUGACUUAGGAUCCCAAAAAUAUGCCGAUCGAUAUUUCACAUCGUUCAAGCAGUUCUUGUUUUUGGAUUACGCAAUGCGUAUGAUGCACAAUGAGCUGCUUCCACACUCCCGUAGCAAAUUGGACCAGAUACUUUACGCGGACGAUAUUCCUCUCGCCGUGGACUACAAUCUGUCUGAUUGGACAAUCCUAACGAAUUACAUUGACCAAGCCCUGGACGUCCAAGUUUUGAAGGACUCUCCACCGGCGGACGAGCAGCCGCCGAGCGAGGGAGUUGAUAUCAGUGCUUUCCCAGCCGAAAGUGCGUUAUUGGGAACACCCUUGUUAUUUGAUGAAGAAAAUGCCAUUCAAAGUAUGCUUAACGGCGAUUACAACUGGUCUGACUACCAAGUUACCUAG